AUGGCGAUUGUGUCGGGCUCCUGCGCGCGGGUUAACGGCUCCCGGAGCGGGGCGGCGGCUACGGCGGGCCCAGUCCCGGUCCCGACGCCCUCGUCCGGCCACUCGCAGCCCAUGAUAGCCGUGUGGGAAUGGCAGGACGACCUGGGCCACUGGCGGCCGUACAGCGGCCAGGUGAGCGCUUACAUCGAGCGCUGCCUGUCGCCGCGGGGCCACCGGGGUGGCGCACCCGGCGGCGCCGCCGCCGCCACCACCAUCUGCUUGGGCCAGUCGGACCCCAGCUUGUCGCCGUAUCUCAUCGACGUGGCCAGUCUGAAGCAGUUUCGACAGGACACAGGCAAAACCCGGUCAGUACGGCGCUCCCUGUUUGCCCAGUCGUCAGGCUUGGGCAGCGGCGUGUACUGGGAGUGGGCCAACGACGAGGGUGGCUGGACGCCCUACGAGACGCGCACUUCCAUCCUCCUGGAGCACAGCUACCAGGCCCGACAGGGCACGGCGGACUUGGGUCCGCAUGGCUACAACUACAUCGUGGACCUCACCUCCCUGGCCCAGGUCAACAAAUCGUCAGGCUUCAGGCGGCAGGUGCGGCGCCAGUGCAACCUUCCCUACCCGCUGGCCUCCUUCGGACCCCCGGCCAUCCCCUCCGGGCCCUCGGCGCUUCCUGCCGGCGUCCCCCCUUCCUCCUCUUCGGCGUCGUCUUCUUCUUCCUCCUCCUCCUCCUCCUCCUCUUCCGGGGGCCCGGCCUGCUCCUGCCAGCAGUGUCUUAGCCACGGGGCCACAGGUCCCAUGCCCAGCCGCUCGCGCCACUCCUUUUCAUCGGGCAGCCUGAACCGGCCCAACCUGCAGGGGCCAAGCAGGGCGGCGGCGGCCCACCCGACCUCCGUCUACUCCCCGUACCCCCGCAGGCCCCUCUCUGUCGGGGGGAUGUCCUGGGGGACUCCCUGGCCCCCGCCGCCUUCUGCCAGCCAGCUGGCCGCACCCCUUCUGAGCGGCUCUUCUAGCGCCAACGGCCUAAGCGUUCCUUCCAUCCCCGUUCAGCUCAACGGCUCCACAAGCGUCAGCUCGGCCCUGGCAGGCAUGGCCUCCAUUUUGAUGUCGGCGGUGGGACUGGGCGUGCACUUCACCACCACCACCACCACAACCGCCCCCCUCCCGCAGCCUCCUCCUCUUCCUCCGCCGCAUCAGCAAUUCUCGCUCCCGCCGCCGCUGCCCGUCCGCUACCCCCCCGCCGGCCGACCCAGCAGCAGCAGCAGCAGCAACAGCGGCGGUUCAGUUAAGAGGGCCAAGAGGCAGCACAGGAGAGCUUCUGUUCAGAGAGCCGAGGAGGUGAUCCGACGUUACAUGGAGGCGGUGCCCGGCGUCCCGGACGAGGACUGCAUCAUCUGUAUGGAUCAACUGUCCAAUCCCUCCGGCUACGAGGCGCAGCCGCCGGCUACGACGGAGGAGGGCGGCCAGGGCAUCUUGCCGGACGCCGUGGGGAAGUUUGUCAAGUGCGGGCACACCCUGCACAUGCUCUGCAUGCUGGCCAUGUACAACAACGGCACCAAGGACGGCAGCCUCCAGUGCCCCUCGUGUAAGACCAUCUACGGCGAAAAGACGGGCACGCAGCCAAAAGGCAAGAUGGAGAUUUACAGCAUCCCCCAAGCGCUGCCCGGACACCCCGACUGCGGCACCAUCCAAAUCAUCUACAGCAUCCCGCCAGGAAUACAGGGUCCCGAGCAUCCCAAGCCGGGACAGCCCUUCACCUGCCGGGGAUUUCCUCGCUUCUGCUUCUUGCCCGACAGCGACAAAGGCAGGAAGGUUCUGGAGCUGCUGAAGGUUGCGUGGAUGCGCCGCCUCAUCUUCACGGUGGGCACGUCCAGCACCACCGGCGAGCCCGACACGGUGGUGUGGAACGGCAUCCACCACAAGACGGAGAUGAUGUCCAACCUGUCGGGGCACGGCUUCCCGGAUCCCAACUAUCUGGACAAUGUCCUGUUGGAGCUGGCCUCUCAGGGCGUGACCGAGGACUGCUUCAAAGCCCCCGGCCCCUCCAGCUAAGUGCGUGCCCCCCCCCCCCCCCAAAGAAAAAAAAAAAGAAAACUUUUCACCUCCUACUAUUGGAAGGGGAGCCUAAUAGGCGCUGGAACUGCAGCACGCUGUGUAAAAGUGAACACAGUUGCUGUAAUAGCCCGUCUGAUGCAGCUCCAUUCCUACAAAGCUUAUUCCGGGGAAAAGGAAAGCGUUGUGCUAUAAUCUUCAUUUCUAGCUUCAUCAAGCACGUUUUCCGCUCGGUGGACGUGACCGCAUCGAUCAUUCAAGACUCAAGUAGCACUUUAGUUGUGACGGCGCAGAAUUUGAAAAACUUCUAACAAAACCGGGGGGCAGAAUUAUGCAAUUGAAAGCGUAGCAAAGUGAUGCGGCCCUGGGAGUACUUGGGGGGGGGAGUCCAAGUUUGAACAAGCGGUGAGCCACAAGUCAGAAAAGACAUGUUCUUCAACACAUGCUUUGGUUAACAUUAGCAUCGGAUCCUGCACCGUUUGACCAACUGGACUGGUCUAUUUUGCUAAAUGGGUGUACUUUGUCUUUUGGUUAGCGUUGUAGCCAAAUCCUGCACGGCUUGAUGCUCCACUGCCAAUCUGAAGACAAAAAGCCAAUUAAGCGCUCCAAUGGUGACAAUCACGGACGGCCGGCCUCACUUCCUGUACUCACAUGAAUGAUCCCGCCUCUGGCGGCGGCACAAGUCACUGCAAUAAACGAUUGAUGACAACAAA